AUGCACCUGAAGAAAGAACUUCGGGAAACCUGCACUUUGGUUGAAAACAGCGAGAUAGGAGAGCGAAAGGCGAGCUACGGGGUGGAGGGCACGCAUCAGGUAUCCGACCAGCAACAGUGUGUAAAGACGCUGCUGGAGACGCUGGGAAGCCGCGUGGUCGGGACGGAGCGAGCGGCCGGCUGGACGGCGAAUUGGCACAGGCACUUUGGGAGCCGUGUGUCCCGUCCGCGAAAGCUGGUCCCGAGCUGCCCCGGCCGGCGGCACCUCUUCGAGGGACAGACACCCCCAGCGCAGUGUCCCCAUCACCGGGGCAGAGUCACACAACUGGAGGCGACAGGCUUUGAGAAGGACCAAACCCCAGCACACACGGUGGACGCGGAGCUGGGGCUGCAGCUGCUGGCCCUUCUCUCGCCUCUGUCCCUCAGGGAGGAGGGAAGGGGUCCUAAGUGGUGGCAGUCUCUUCUCUGCCCUGGGCCCCUGCCCUGGGCCUGGUGUCACCCAGAGGCCCCGAGACUCCCAGCAGCCCGGGAGGAGAGUGUGCUGGCCACGCCCUCAGCUGCAGCUCUGAGCCUGUGGUUUCCUGGUUUCCUGGUGCCCCGAGGAGAGGAAAGUUCCAGUCAGCAGGCUUGGACUGAAGCAGAUCGCCCUCCAUCGCGUGGUGGGCCUCAGCCAGUCAGCUGCAGCCUUGAGAAAAGACUGAGAUCCGCGAGGGCGAAGGAAGUCUACCUCCAGAGGCCUUCUGACUGGAGCUGCAACCUCAGCUUCCUGGGGCUCCAGCCAGCAGGACCCACAGUCACGGUGGGAAUCGAGGCAAUUGGUUUGAGAACUUCCUCCUGCUCGAAUGUAAGCGCCCAACAGCCGCGUUCGUUCUCACCAGCUCUGGGCAGACCCAGAGGGCGAGGCCCCCCCUGUCGAGGACGUUUUGAAGUUCUGGCCACAACUCUUCUGAGAACAAAGACCCGGCAUCUGCCUGGCUCUGCCUCCGGGCCUCGGAGAUUUACGGGGAGCGAGCGCAGGAGAUGGGCUCUCACGGAGGAGACGGGGCAGGUGGACGGCACGUGUUCGGAGCAGGAGGCACGGAUCCCAGCGGGGCCUGGGGCCCACGUCCACCUCGAUGCAUCCUGCGUGGCUCACCCCCCGCCCCCACCCCCGCACCUCAGCCUAAGGGAAGAGGAGUGUGGCGGCCGUGGGCCUGGAAAGAAGGAAACAAAAGAGACGGCAAAAAUGAAGGUGAUGUGCCGCCCCCUCACCUGUGGAUGUUGAGUGAGUCCAGGAGGGCUUCCUGGUAGAGGUGACCUUCAGGCAGGCCCUUCUCUGAAGACAUCAGACCAGGACUCUGCAACUGUGUGGAAAUGAAUUCUGCCAACGCCCUGCCCGGACCCCUGGGGGGUGGGGCGUCCCGACGAGGACCCGGCCCAAAUCCCCUGAGCUCAGCCUGGGUGGCAGGCAGAGGACCGGCUGAGUCACACCAAACGCUGCUGGACGCCAGAAACGCCUUCCAGCCUCUGGUCAGUGCUGCACGGCCGUAGCAAAGGACUACACAUAGGAGCUAUAUUUGGACAAACGUCUGAAUUCACAAGUUCUUGGUGAGAUACAUACGAGUUUGAGUCAGCAUUUCCCCUUGUUCCGGAUUUGUGCCGUGGGGCGCUGGGGAGGAUUCUUAGAAAUAAAUGCUGCGGAAAGGCCAGAUUUGGGAAAUUGUCGAUUUGUAAGCCCAGGUGAGC